AUGGAUUAUCCAUUGUUGGAGGCAUUUGAAGAAGCGAUUUUGCAAGAAGAUGAGGCUAAGCGAAUGCAGCUUGUCUCAAAAGGAUUAAAAAAAAUAACAGAUAUUCUUCCUUUCCCUAAAUAAAACCAUCUUCUCCUUUUGCAAAGAGACAUUUUAAAAUACUUGUUUUUAAACAUUCCGCUAUUUGAGCCAGUAAUAAAACUAAUCAUAGACACUUUCAUUGAAAAGUUUGGAAACCAACCUAAAUUUAUUGAUCAAUUGUUUGCAUCUACGCGUUACAUAAGUGAAAUAAGAGAAGCAAUAAAUUAAAAUAAUGAUAAAACAGCUAUAACUUCUUAUCAUAACUAUUAAAAUCAAGAAUCAUAAUAAAAUAUAGAAAGUGGAAUAAUACAAGAUGAUUUUUUAUCUUCUUAAGAUGCACAAAAGAAAAGACAAAGAUUAAAUAUGUUCUCUAAGUUUAAUUUACCUAAAUAUAUACAAAAUCACAUUAAAAUCAUAAAAAAAUAUGUUUUAAUUUAUGUGAAAAAAAUAAUUUAAGUUAUUAUGUAAAGAAACGAUGAUUAAGAAAAAUAUGCAAACUUAGUUUGUGAGUUUUAUAAAUAAUUUUUGGACAAUACUGAUUAUGAUGACUUGAUAUCAGAAGCUUGCAAAGAUUUGUAUUAUUUUAAAAAUUAAUGGAUUUGCUUAAAAAAGAAUCAUACAAUCAUGCAAGAAGUAGAAGAGAUUUUAUUAUUGAAGAGCAAGAAAUUUAAAGUUCUUUAACAAAAUGAUGAUUAUUUUAAUGAUGACCUAGAAAAAGAGGAUGAGUAAGAAGGGCAUGAGAACGACAAAAAUUUAUCAUUAAAUUCUUAAACAGGAGAAUCAGACAAAAAAUAAGAUGAAAAAGAUGCAGUAGAUCUAUUGGAAGAUUGGUUGUCUAGUGAUGAUGUAGCUUAGUUAUCAAAAAUUAAAAGAGAAACUGAAUCAAGAUUAAGCAUCGAUUUUUUUAAGAUAGAUUCUAACUUAGAAAUUUUACUUUCUUUUAUCAUCAACCCUACUUUGUACACUUGCUCUAGGAUAUGGACUUAGAGAUAUUAGAAUAUCAUUUAAAAAAACCAUUUUUAUCCCAAGCCAACAACUUUUAGGGCUGACUUUUACAGAAAAGCUUCACAAAACGAUUUAAAUGAGCUUCAAAAAAAGAAGAGAACAAAAGAAGGGACCAAGGUUACAGAAGAAAUGCAAUCUGAAGGUAAUAAUGAUGAAUAUAGCUAACCUUCUUUGAAAAGAAUAUAAGAUGUGUUUUCUAAUAAUUAUUCAAAUGAUGAUUUAAAUCAUGAAGAAUUGAAUAAUCCUUAAUUAAGAAAAUAAGCAAUUUAUUAUUUGCGUUCAUAUAGGACAGCUAUUAUGCUUACUGAUCCAAAAAACUACAGACCCUUAAUUAGGAUCAAUAACUUAUACAUUGACAUUUUUUUCAACAAUUUAUAUGAAUGUUUUAAACGCGACACUCCAUGCAUGAAUAUGAACCAUAUUGCAAUAAAUAUAGAAUACUUAAUUGGAAAAGAGCCAGAACUUGUAUUUUACUAUUUGAUAGAAUAUAAUAUUUUAUUUAAAGUACUAUAAAUGAUGGAGCAAAGCCAUGUUGUUAACUUCUUACUCAAUCUUAUACUCUAAUAAGGAUAAUAUCCUUUCAUCUCCAAAGAAAUGAACGAAAAACUUUGGUUUUACUUAACAGAGACAUAAUUCUACUUUGAACUGUGCUAAAUCAUGCUUUUUAAUAAGAUGGGAGAAUAUUUUUAAUAAAAGGCCUUUUAAUCAUAUAAAUUACCUGGUUUAAGAAAGUUGGCAUAAAAAGCACCUAUUAAGAAAUAAUUUCAAUCAAAUGAUAUGCUUUCUAGAGACUACAUGUUUACGAAUUAUACGAAUUUAUAAGAGCACACGUUUGAACUAUAAUGCGACAUAGAUGGAUUGAAAGAUUUUUUAGUUGUAAGAAAGUCUCUUACAAAUUUUAAGAGUAAAUAAACAGUUAUUACUAAAAUAAAAAUGCUUUAAAACUUGGGAGCUAUUAAUAGUUUAACUUCAGAUCUCCCUAGUGAUUAGCAUAAGCCUACAUCAAAAGUGUCUAUGACAUAAAUAAACUAGCAUUCAUCUAUGUCAUUGGAAAGUAACACACUUAUAGAAAUGAUCAAAGAAGAUGAGUCUAAAAUAGAGGAUGAUACAUUCCAUGAGUAAACUCCGUUAAACAAAAUUGUUUUAUAGCAAAUGAAAAAUUAAUCUGAAGAUACAAACAAAGCAAGCUAAUAAGCAUUUGCAAAAGGAAAAAAUUCUGCUUUUGAUGUUUUUAGUGAUAUAAAUUAACAAAAGUUAGAUUUGUAAAGAUCUUUGCCUUAAACAUUAUCUAAAAAACUAAAUUCGGAAUUAAAUUCUUAGCAGGGAGUAUUCACCCCUUAAUAUUCAAAAUCGUCUUCAUUAGUUAGACCUGAGCAAAGAAGACUUACAGCCUUUAAUGCUGCUUUAUAAUAAAGUUAAUCCACAAAUUCUAAUUAAGAUAAUAAAAAGAAAAAUGGAAUUAUUUAGCCACCUCUAAAGCUACCUAAUUUUAUAGUGUUUUCACCAACUUCUUCUUUAGCAAGCACAGGCUAAAAUUUUUUUAAAGAUGCAGUAAAAGAUUCAACAAAAACUCCAACAAACUUUGGAAUUUAAAAAAAAAAUGAUUUGAAUCAGAAAACUUUAGCAAGACUGUUUAACAUUUCUGAAUUAUCAUACAAUAAAGAUGUCGUGUAAGUUGAAGAUAAACUCAAUUUUUUGUACCCAUAGAAUAUCUAAAACCUCGAAUAAACUCCGUUGGAUAUUCUUUCUAAGAGCAAGACCUUUAAUAUUGAAAAUUUAAUCUAAAAUGAAGAAUUUUCAUAUAACUGUAUUACUGGAAUAUAAGCAAUUUUCGAAGAAAUAUUUAAUUAGAUGGAUCACCCAUAAUUAUAUAAAUCAUUUAGGCUAUUUACUUUCGAUACUCCUAUACGACAUUUGAAAAGUUUGUUAGGAGAUAAAUUAUAUAACUUUGAUUUGAUAUUAAAGCAUUUCCUUUUGAAAUUAAAGCUUUAUUCUGUAGCAGAUGCUAACAGCUCGAUAUUAGCUGGGUAACUAGCUAAUCGCAUUAUAUAAUCGCUGAUGGAUCAUUCAACUUAAUUAAAGGAUUUUAUACCAUUUUUAAUCGAAAUUAUUAAUGAGAACUGGAAUUUACUGUUAAAAUAAAUAAUCUUAAAUUUCACUAUUUCUAAAGAAAAAAAUCAAUAACCAAUCAGAAUCCAAUCAAUACAGAUCGAAAAAAAGAUGUCUUCUACUACUUAUCAAAUUGUAAAAUUAUUUUUGCUUUGUCUGCAAGUCUAAACCGAUCCAGAAAAUAAGAAGAAACUUAUAAAAUAAAUUCCUAUACCUUGCUUACAUGCUCUUGUUCUUAUGUUUUUUGAGUAUCCUACUAAUAAUUUAUAUUAGACUCUGUUUAUAAAAAUAAUAAAUGAGCUUUUUAAAUUUGGAACAUCAUAAAUUUAUUAUAAUAUUAUAUUUCAAUUUAAUGUGCUUAAUUAUAUGAAUAUUGUUUUAGAAAGCAUCUGCUGUAACGGAGUCUUUAAUAAAAAAUUGUAAAUAGAUGGUAUAUACUACUCUAUUAAAUAGUUUUGCAUUAUGCUGGAAGAAAAUUUUAAUGAAAGAUAAUAAGAACUUAAGAACAUAAGGACAUAGGUUGAAAGCUUAGACAUAUGGCACACAAUAAAAAAAUAAUUCCAUAUGAAAGAUACUUUUAAAUCUUAGGAGCUUGGUUCAGUUAUUUCUAAGACUACUUCUCCAAAAGGAUCUUCUAUAUUUGCAAAUAAAGAAGAUAAAAUUAAGCAAAAGAUAAAAAACCAAUAAAAUACUUUUGAUAUACAGUAAAAAUUAGAACCUAAGUCUAUGUUAAGUCCUUCUUUAAGAGCUAUAUCUGUCCAUUCUCCACUAAUAAAUUUAAACACUAACAAUUCUCUUAUAUCUAAUAAUAGCAAAGCACUUUAUUAAACUGACAGAUCAAAUUAAUUUUAAAAUGCUUCUUAAAAUUUUCUUUCUCCUCUUUAAUAAUAAAAUAAAAAAACUAAUGAAUAUGUUAGACAUUCUAAGUCUAAUAGCUUUAAUCCUUAUAAUCAAGAAGUAUCAAACCAUAUAAAAAAUAAUAGCUCAAUAGCAAAUUAAUUUCUUGCUAUCUCAAAAACAUAAACUAAUUUUAAGAUAAGAACAAAUUCUUAGAGUAUAAUAAAAAAAUGA